AUGAAUCAAGGGAAACAUCUUGAAUAUGUGUUUGUUUCGAACCCAUUGGCUCGUCAUGCAAUCGCUUUUUUUGCAACUACGGAAUGGAUUUAUGUCCAGCAAGUUUCUUCUGCUUAUCGUGGGAGUUUUCAUGUGCUUCCGUUUUUGAGUGAUAUCAAUGAGUUAGGUGGAACUUUGUCUCAAUACUGGUUUUCAAUUGAUCAGUCAAUUGCUGCCAAUAAAGAUAGUCCUAAUCAUAUCGCAGACUCUGUUCAUUUGCCAAAUUCAGCUGGAUCAAAAUCACGAGCAUCUAAGGAAUUACAAGUCCGUAGUCGCCGGUCAACUACUACAGGUGGUGGUUUUGUAAAAAGUAAUCAAACCAUUGGUGAAGCUUCCGCCACUGGACUAAUGAACCGAUUUACAGGCAGUUAUCAAUCUAAAGAUCAAGUGAAAUAUGAAAAAGUCAGCUGUGAUAGUGUAUUAUCCAGACGAGGCAGCAAAACAAAGGAUCAAACACAGUCUGAUGACGAAGCACUUGUGGAUAACAACAAUCGUAACAGUGAAAACAUAUCAAGUAUGAGUUGUGAUAGCCGACUGUCUGAAAGUGGAAAAUCAUCACAGUCCAUCUAUUUAGAAUGUCAACUAGUUAUAUGUAAUCGUGAAAAAUAUCAGAAUUAUUUACGUGUUCUUGAAGGAUUACUUUCUUCUGGGAGUGGUGAUAAAUACACUGCCACUGCUAAUACUACUACGACUAAUACUACUAAUAAUAAUAUCACCAAUAAUAAUAACAAUAAUAAUAAUACAAAAUCAAUAUUUGAAAAACACGAAAUGAAGUGUUAUUGUUUAAGACAAAUACAAAUUGAAGAAUUAUCUGAAAGUGAUAGACAGAGACACUUAUCGAGGACUACUAGCAGGACACAAAAUAUAUCAGUUGGUCUACAUGUUAUAGCACCUUACGAUUGGCGUGCCUCAAAUAUAUAUUCCUCUCAUGAAGAUCAUAAUGUUAUUUAUCUAGAUACAAUUGACUCAGUACGUUCAAUUGGCGAUUAUUGGAUACGUUUAGAAAGGUUAUUACCGUCUACGUCAUCAUCCUCCUCCUCACCGUCAUCUGCUCAACUGCCUAGUAACAAAGCAAAAGAUGAAAUAUCAACAUCCAAUGGUUUACUAAAUGAUGAAAUAUUCAUUUAUUUCGAUCCGACAAUGAAUGACGCAGUAGAAAAACGUCAGACAUGGUUAAAUACAAUCGAGUUAGCUUUGAAAUUAGAAAGUUAUAAACGACAUAUGGGAUAUCAUCAUCAUCACCAUCAUCAACAACAUCCUCAUUUUUCUGCUGAUAAUAUAGAUGCAAGCGGGAGUAAAUUCGAUUUAUUCAAAAGAUCUAAUAAUGCCGAUUCAGUGCGUAGUGCUUUGCAACGGUAUGCUCAGGAAACUGAGUUGUUUGUGAUACGUCAACGUCAGAAAGGACGAAUAAAAAUGGUAACACUUUUUCCAGAUGUGAGAAUACGACAGUAUAAAGGGAAAAAUUUAACACGUGAACAUGUUGGAAAUAGUUUAACUCAGAUGAAUUCAAAGGAUGCUUUAUCACCCUUUCCUGAUCGGACGGCGGAAUUGUGCAGUCGACGAUUUUUAGCAACAUGCUUAAAUCUACAUUCAAAAAUUCGGGCCAAUAUAGAUGUAUCGGGUAGUACAUCUGCUUAUAUCGAAAAUCCUGAACCAUAUUUCGUCACCAUGUUUGUAGUUGAUGUGAAUGAUGGAUGUCGUGUUAGUGAAGAUUUUUAUUGGAAUCCUAAUUCGCCUAUUAUUGAUUCUAUGCUGCCUUCUGAUCAAUUCAGAUCCUUACCAUGGUUAUCAUCAUCAUCAUCGUCAUCAAAUAACACAGUGUCUGAUAUCAAAAACCAAUCGACUGAUAUCAAUGAUGCGAAUUCAUUAAAUCAUAAUUCAUCCAGCCCACAUCAUAAUACAACACCUGGCCGAAUACGUGGACAUGCACCACCUCCACCACAGAAUAAUUUAAUCUCACCAUAUGGUACACAGAAUUCGAUUUCUUUGGAUUGUUUGCAUAAAUGUCGUUCAGCAUUAUUUUCAGUUCCAUCAUCUUAUCAUGCUAACAGCCUUUAUUUAGUUGUACGUGUUGACAAAGUGCUCAGUGGACCAAUAACUACAGCAGUAGAAAAAUAUCUGAAAAAUACUUCUGGCACAAAUAUGAAUGAUUAUAAAACUGGAUCAAGUAUACAAAAAACAAUGGUGAAUUAUUGUCGAAAUAUCGGUCGAUAUCGUAUGCCAUUUGCAUGGGGUGCAAGGUCACUAAACAGUUCAAAUCGUUUUCUCCAUCUAUUCAAGAUGGAUUCAAACAAAAUAUCUGAACAGGCAUUAAUUCAAGCAGUUCAGGUGCUGUCACGUUUAUCGUCUGAUUAUAAUAAUUCAUCGCCAGUAUAUGACGAUAGUAAUGCAAAUCUAACCAAUAAUGAUACCACUACUACUCAUAAUAAUAUCAGUAAUACAGUUGAUUCAAAUCAUCAUUAUAAUAUCCCAGAGUCUUUAAUUCAAUCAAGUCAAUCAGUUAAAUCAUCAAAAACUAUUGGACGUAAUAUUUUUACAAGCACUAAUACUGAUAAUGCACUCUGUCCAACAGAACAAGAUCGUCUAUUCAUUGACAUAGUUGAACGUUCCUUGAAAACUCAAAUGUUACCUAUGCGUUUUGAAUUAAUUAUCAGUGAAUUAAUUGAUCAACAUAUAGAUCCUAAUGCAAAAAUGAUAUCACGUAUUAUCAGUUCAAAUCUUGAAACAUAUAUACCAACAGUUGAUGUAACAAAUUAUUCAUUGAAUUGUUACAUACCAUCUAGUCAUCCAGUGUUAAUGUCAGAUGAAAUUAUACGUGAAGUUGAAAAUUUAUUUGAUUUCAAUUCCCCUUCUACGUCAUCACCAGCAACGACAACGACAGUUACAGGUGUCUCAUCUCAUAAUGAUGAUUCAGCGCUUACUUAUUCAGAUGAUACUAAUUCACUAUCCCGUACAGGAAGUCUUCAAAGAAGUUUUCUGAACAAUUCAUUAACUGGUAAAAGUAACAGAGAUUCUUUAAUGUCAAAUAUUAGUAUUGGAAGUUUACCCGGUACACUUGUCUCUGCAUCUAAUGAUCUACCGAAAAUCAUCAACACCAGUGCAAUUCAAACUCGUACAAAUUCUCUAGAUCGAAUGGAGUAUGGUGUGCAAGGCGCACAGCAUAAUACAACUUCAAAGUUACUACCGUUCACUUCAUUCUUCAACACUCUUUAUGUGUGUCCAAAAUCAUUAAAUUUAUCUGUGAAGCACAGUUUUCCAAGGGCACGUAAUCUAUCAUGUUUCAUUGAACUACGGUCAAAUGACAGUUUGGAUAGCUCAGCUGCUUUAAAGGUAUUCUAUACUCGUCCAAGUGUUCGUCAGCCAACCUUUGAUUCAUGGUUUAAUACAUCUGUCAUUUAUCAUGAUACAAAUCCAAACUUUGGUGACCAGGCGAAGAUUUGUCUACCGUUGAAUUUAACUCCAGACCAUCAUCUACUAUUUCGUUUCUAUCAUGUAAGCUGUGAAACAGCGGCAACAAAUUUAACCGGUCAAAAAGAGAAGACCAGUAGUUAUAAAAAACCGGUUGAAUCUAGUACAGGCUAUUCAUGGAUUCCAAUACUUGGUACAUAUGGAAAUUUCAAUGUUGGUACAUUCCAACUUCGUGUAGCAUCAACUAUUCAACCGGGUUAUCUAAAGCAUUCAACUAUACAACAGAAUACUCGAAGUUCAAAUAGUCAAAAUGUCUCAGGGAAUGCUUUAUCAUUCAAUAUCAAUGGUUCCAGUAACACCAAUGCAAAUAAUAAUAAUUCAGUUGAUUUAACAUGGAUAGACAAUGGAAAGUUUUUGUUUAAAGUCGAUUUGAAACCGUUAUCUUCAAUCUACACUCAUGAUCCAGUAUUGUCAAAAUUCUUUCGUGUUUGUGGAGACCUACUACCAAAAGUAUUAUAUAUGUCACCUUCAAAAGUGUUAAAUAUCAAUAAACAGAAGCAAAAUCGUGUCACCUUCAGUUAUGAUGUGGUAAUACAAUCAAAUUCUAAUCAACAACUAUCAUCAACAGCUUCUCCGCCGCAUUCAUCACCCUUAUCGACAAAGACGAAACAGACUGUCAAUAGUUCAAGUAUCCUACAAAAUACUACAUCAAUAAAUCUACACUUAUGCAAUGCAAUGAAAGCUUUACUCUUGAUCACUCCAACUGCUUUAGUACAAUUUUUACCAGUUAUCUUGAAUCAAUUUAUGGAGAUUAUUAUUCUAAGUGCUGAGACAAGUGCUAGAUGGUUUAAUGCUGGACAACGGGAACAACAACAGCAACAAGAAGAAGGAGAACAACAACAGUCUUCAAUGCCAUCAUCAAAUUCAACUCAUGAGAACACAGAAUAUUCUUGGUUUAAAAGUUUAAAAAACAAUCUCAAUAAUAAUAUUAUCAUUGCCAAUGACCAUCAUCAUAAUAACUAUGGUGUCAAUGAUAUUCAUAAUAAUAACAAUAAUAAUAAUAUAAGUAACAAUUCUAGUAAUAGUACACCAGAUGAUGUGUUGAAAACAGCUGUUAGUACUCUGGCAAUCCUUAUUUCUGAAUUGAAUGCUCAAAUUCCAAAUGACUCAUCAUACUAUCCAUUGAAGUCAACGAAUGAUCUAUCCUGUUCUGAUGGUCUAGUUGAAUCGAACACAUCAGCUUGCAGUGAUCGUUUGAAGCAUAAUUUAUUGAAAACUUAUGUUGAGUUUGCAUUUAACCCGGAUCAACUAUUGACAACAUGUAUCAAUCAUUAUUUGAAUGAUAAAGAACAAAGUAUUACAGACACGAAAAAUGUAAUCAUUGACAGUAGAACCAAUGUGGCAACGUCGCUGAUGACAGCAUCAUCAUCACCUUCAAGAAAAUCAAUAGUUAAUCAAUACUUUCCUCUAUCCUCUCUGCAUCAUUCCAUAAUACGUGGUUUAAUUCUAGUCCUAUGGGAUACACAUUGUCCUGGACAUAUAUUAACCCAUUUAUUUGAUAAUAUAUGGUUUUCGCUAGCAUUAAUUGUCAAAUCAAUGACACAAUAUUUAUGUAUAAGUAAAAAGAUAUGGGCUGAAAGGUCUGGUGACUCACGUUUUUCGUCGUUAUUCUGUGAAGAUCUGACUAUAUUCAUUCAACUGAUUGGCUCACGUUUAUUAUCCUCUUUUGGUAAUACAACAACAUUACGCAAUCCUUUAAAUAAAAACAAUGAUUGUUCAGCAAUGCCAUUGUCAGGUACUACUACUGGUGGUGGUGGUUCCACUCAUACCACCACUCCACUAUGCAUAAUAUCAUCAAAUGGACAGCUGUUAAAAACGGAGUCAUCAGUUUCACUGAGUACUUCACAGACAAGUAAAUGCACCAGUGUAAAUGAGUCGGUAACACCGAAAAAUUCACUCGGAGAGUCAGUCAACAGACAAACUUUUCCUACAAAACAUACCAGUAAUGAUGUUUUCAAUUUUAAUCGAAUUGAUGUCAUUCAUGCAAUGGGAAAAUUUUUAGGACAUUUAUUCAAUUUAAUGGAUCGAGGCUAUGUAUUGAAACGUGUUCGUGAUCUACUAACAUUUCUUGAAAUCUCACCAAGAAUGCCUGUUGAUAAAAUUGAUCAAUUGAAUGAGUUACGUUUUGAAUUGUUACGUAGUAUCUGUGAACAUGAACAUUUUAUCCCGUUGAAUUUACCAAUGUUAAAUAUAUCAGAUGGAUCAAAUUUAGGUGUUGAAAUUUCUCUGACUGAUCAAUUCUGUCAACAACACUUUUUGAUUGGAGUUCUGUUAAGCCAACUAAGCUGUCUGCUAUCCGGUUGUAUAAAUACUGGCAGUUGGGCGCUACUUAAGUCAACAUCACAGUGUUAUCGACAACCGGUUAUCAUUUUGCGUAAUUUAUUAAUUAAGCAUUGUCUGGAUCCACGUUAUCAUAGUUCUAAAGCAAUUCAAGCAAGAAUUUGUUCAUUGUAUCUACCAUUGGUUCGUUUAAUGUUGGAUUAUUACGAUUCACUUGGACCUCCAGGUGGUGCUCUUCAAACAGCAGUUAUUGCAGCUGCUGCACGUCGAGAUUAUGAAGAGUCUUUAUUAAUUACUGAUGGAAAUAGUAAUUCGGGUACAUUCUCUCGUCGUCAUCAACGUUCUCUUGAUAAGUCGAAUAAAACUGGUAAAUCUAAUGUAUUCCCCAAUAGUAGUAGUACUACUAAUACAAUGAGUAAUAGUACUAUAUCUCAUAGACCACAAAGUAUGAUUAGUGAUUAUUCACUAGAAGCAUUGAACAACUGUGAAGGGAAUCUACAAAUAACAAAUUCUGACAGUGGAUCAUUUACUUCAUCAUUAUCAACAAAUAGUGGAAGUACUGUAUCGUUUAUCCAAUCAAUAUCAAAUUCAGGUUUCAGUCAUGGAAAGUCAUCUCCAUCCAACACUAGUGAUGGUCAGCCAACUGCUUCAGCCAAUUCUGCUGCUUAUCUAACUAAAGAUGGCAAAGUUCAGCAGCAUAUUUUAGAUCAAAUAGCCGGUGUUAAUCGAGGUGGUUCUCUUCAGCAACGUAUUCACAAGAGUAAUCGUCUACAGGGCCAGAACAAUUCUUCAAUAUUACCACCAUCGGCAACAUUAUCAACAGGAAUAGGAAUGGAAGAAAUGCCUCCACAUAAUGAUAAUAACAAUAACAAUAAUCAAUGUUCACGUUCACAUUCUAUCCAGUCUGUAGAUGGUUCACAGAAUAGUUUUCUUCUCUCCAGUCAUGCAAGUAGUAGUACGCUUACACUGACUGGUGUAGGUAUGGAGAAUAAUAAUAAUAAUAACAAUAAUAUUAUGUUGAAUGGACGCAUGAAUACUCUAGACGAUGAAUACCUUCAUAAUGAUAUAAUGCAGUAUAAAAAUGGUGAAAAUUACAAAAAUCAUCAUCAAGAAUUAUCACCGACAUCAUCAGCUUUAGACAUGAAUUUACAAAAUUCAGAUCAAGAUUGGGCCAAACAAGUUCUCACAUUGGCUGGUGUCUAUCCGGAUCGUGUGAAUGAUGCAAAAUCUACAAGUUCUGAUAGUCAAGAUUCUGUGUCUACACCUGUCGCAGGAAUGCCUUUGGGAAUAAAUAUCUCGGAUAUUGAACAUUCUGGAGAACAUGAUGAAAACUUAAUCUCUGAUACUCCUGCAAGCCAUCAUCAUCAUGCUCAAGAUAGUCAUCGUCUUCUCUCUCAUCCUUAUACUCAUCGAUUCAACUUCCAGAGAAUAUUUAUACCUGACCUUCUAUUGACUAAAGAGCCAAUUAUUCGACCGCAUAUUCAUCGUCGUCCAUGUGAUCAAAAUAUUUCAGGUCCACGUCGUUUAACAGACAAUUGUCAAAGAGAUUUAUACAUAUGCCUUCUACACAUCCUGUCGACAAUCACAGUGACACAUUUGAAGGCAUUACUGCAGAGUUUCACUGUACAAGAAAGGCUAAGAUUUUUAAAUAUACUGAAGUUUGCUAUUCAACACCUACGUUAUCGUGGAAAGCAUUGUAUACAACAAUACGAACAUAUAAGUCGUAGUGGUGUUGGUCGAACUGGUGGUAUUGGUGGUGGUAAUCUGCUCAAUAUCAGCAAUACAUUAGCUGGGAAUACUGUUGCCGCUGCUGCUGCUGCUCGUAGAAGAACUACUCCUGUAGGUAAAAGUCUACAGAAUGAUUCAUCUAAGCAGAAUUCUCAUGAUUUCUCUGGACAGACUGCAGAGGAUAUUCCAAAAAUGAAGGUGUUAUUGAAAGCUAAUUUGGCAACUGAAUCAAGUAUGAUUAUAUUAGAUAUUUUGAGUACAUUCGCAACAGUUUUUAAAUCAGAGUUGAAUAGUUGUAAACCCAGUGAUCCAGUAUUUCGGUGCUUACUCGAAACUUAUGUCGCCAUUCUAUCGAACAAUCCAUCCGAUCAUGUUAUACGACAUACAUUCUCUGCUCUUCGCGUAUUUAUCAAUCAAAAUUCUCAAACCUUAUUCUCCGAAUCGACAGAUAUUCUGAGUACACUGUGUCUAGCUGGUUUACGAUGUUCUAAUCAAUGUUUUCUAGCCUUCUCAUCAUCACCAUCAUCAACUCUGCCUUCAUCGUCAUUGUCAACAACUGCGAAUCUCUUAGCUUCACAUAAUGACUUUGUGUUUGAUAGAAAUUGUCAAACAUCAUUAUCGUCAGCAGUUAAUAGUGGAAUAAUGACAUUGUCUACAAUGAAUAUUGAUACAAAUUAUAAUAUUAAAGGUAAACCUCCAUCAAUUCCAAAAAUAAGGAGUUUUGAGGCGCCUGAAACACAUCAAACUAUGCUGAAUACUAAUCAGAAUGAUAUACAUAACAAUAAUGAUAAUAUUAUGGAUAAUCAAAAUGUAAUCAGUAAACUUUGUUUAGAUGCUUGUGGUUUCUUGUAUCGACUAUGGAAGUGUAGUUUUGAAACACAUCAUCAAGCUGGAUUUCAUCGUGUGCACUUACAGACAAUUAUUGCUAUUUCAAAGUUGGUCAGUGAAAUCAGUCCAGGUUUUGAAGCAAGUUUAAGUCUGUUGCAAAGUUUAGCACAAACAGAUAUGCAUCGUAGUUCUGAAAUGAUGAGUAUAACAAAAUCGAUAACAGCAUCAUCAUCAUCACCAUUAUCAAUGUCCACUACAACUACAACAACACCACCACCGCCAACAACAACAACAACGUAUACAAAAUUUUGGACUGAUUCAAAUAUUCGUUUAUUCUUAGAUGAUAUUGAUGAUUUAAUACGUCGGAUAUUAACUGUACUCACAGCGACAGCUGAAAUGCACAGACACUGUGAUGAUCCUGAACGCAUAGUUGAUCUACAAUAUGCACUAGCUAAAUCAUACAGUAGUAAUCCAGCUUUAAGACGUACUUGGUUGGAAGAGUUAGCUAAACUACAUAUGGAUUCAAGAAGUUUCACAGAAUUGGCUAUGACUAAACUUCAUAUUGCUGCUUUAAUGGCAGAGUACUUGAAACGUCGAGGCCUUUUAGAGUGUGAAUUUCCUCAAGGAUGUGAUGCAUUUAAAUCAAUUUCAUCAAAUAUUCAUAUCGAAGAAAGUGGAUUGAGAGCAGAUUCUGGUGUACUAGAAAUUUCUUAUACUCAGGAGGAUCUGUUGACUGAUUUAAAUGAAGCUGCUAUAGCUUUAGAAUCAGCCGGUCUAUUUGAAUGUAUACGACCUGUUUAUGCAUUGGUUUUACCAGUCUAUGAGUAUAGAUGUCAAUACACGAAUCUGGCUCAAAUCUAUCAUCAUAUUGGUCGAGCUUAUGAAGCAAUUAGUCGUGUAGAAUCUCAUGGACAUCGUUUAUUUGCAUCAUAUUAUCGUGUGACCUUUCAUGGGCAAUUAUUUGAAUCAAUGGCUGGGAAAUCAUUCAUAUAUCGUUCAAAUCCAUGUCAAAAAUUAAAUGAAAAAUGCAAUGAAUUAUUACAGUUGUAUCGUAGAAAGUAUGGAGAGAAUGUAGUGGAAUUGUUAUCGGAUAAUUUUAUCAAUCGAUCUAGUUUAGAUUCGAAUAAAGCUUAUGUACAGGUCACUUAUGUGGAACCGUAUAAAGAAAGAAAAGAUUCUGAGAAGAAACCUUUAACUUCGUAUGAAAAACAUCAUGAUGUACAACAGUUUAUGUUUGAAACACCCUUCUUAAGACAACCAGGUUUAUCUACUGAGGCUUGCCUAUUGGCUCCUGGUCCAAAACGUAGUGAUGAUUUAACUAUCCAAUGGAAACGUCGUACAAUAUUAACUACAGAAGCAACUUUUCCACAUUUACGUCGACGACUUGAAAUAGUUCAAGUGACAGAAACUGAUUUCACUCCAAUCGACUCAGCAAUAGAUGCUAUUCAUUGUAAAAAUCAAGAAUUGAUGAGUCAUGUUAUAGCAUUACGUAAUAAUUCAGCAGGUUUCAAUAAUUCAGGUAAUUCAAAUGAUGAAAGCGUAGAUAAACGCAUCUCUGUCAGUUUAAUCGGUUUACAUUCACCAGUAUUGACUGGGAACACUGUUUCAGUGAAUAAUCAAAAUAGUACCAGUCACAACAGCAACAACAAUAAUACAACAAAUAACAACACUACUAGUGCAAGAAACAAACAGACGAACUCUCGUAUUCCUCUAUUAAUGGAUAUGCAACUGCAAGGUGCACUACUGCCUACAGUCAAUGCUGGUCCAAUGGCAUAUGCUCAAGCCUUUUUAAAGAUAGAAAAUCAAUCGCUUUAUCCUAGCUCCAAAGUUAAUCGAUUAAAGGAGCUAUUUUUCGACUUCUUAUCAACUUGUUUAAUACUACUGACAUAUUAUUACAAUAUGAUGUCCAGUGUACAUGAGGCUAAAUAUCGUGCUAUGCGUGAAGCAUUGGAUCGUUAUCGUGUAGAUCUAAGUAAUCUGUUAAAAGAGGAAGUAAUUGUUGAUGAAAAAGAAUUACGCAUUGGACCGAAAUCAUCAUCAUCAUCGUCACCAUCAACAUCAUCAUCCUCAAGUCAGCCUACUCCAUGAUAGAUGGAAUCGACGACAUUCACCCCAGUACUCGAGAUAUAGUAAAAAAAAUUCUCUGAUUUCUUUUCACUCUCUAUGCCUUUAUCUAUUGUCUCUCUCUCUCUCUAUUUCUGCUCUACCUCCCUCCACACAUCAUUCUUCAUGCUUCUGUUGUACAAUAAAUUUGAUGUGCUGUGUUGAAAAUAUCUUCAUUCACUUUUUUAUCGAGAACUUGACAACAAACACAAUCAGUGUAUGCACCAUUUUUGUCUGUUUGUUUGUUUGUUUCCCGUCUCUUUCACCGAAAAACAACAACAGCAGCAGCAGCAUUCCAUUCCAUGUUUGUGCAUUAAUCAUAUCCCUCCCUUGAUAGAGCAAGUAGUAUAAACUACAAUUUCUACUUUCUUUGUAAAAAAACAAACAAACAACUCAUCCCCCCUCCCACUUGUCUUCAGUAUUAACAUAUAGUACAACUUAUUAUCAACAAUACUACUGUUAACAAUACUAACAUAUAACAAGAGUUAUAUACUAUUAUUUAUUAUUAUUAUUAUUUUGAUACAUUCACUAACAGGAGGUUUAUCACCAUUAUUUUGCGCCUUUUUCGUAUAUUCGAAUCAUUCAUUAUACUGCCUAUCUGUCUCUGCAUCUUAUCAGCUUAUCAAACAAAGUUUAUGAAACAGUUUAUCUUUUGCGUGUGUGUGUAUGUGUGUUUAUGUUCACUUUGGUUCUCCUCUCCUCUUGUCUAUUUUUCCUUUCCCAAUGUGAAUAUGCUUUUCUCUUGUUGUUGGUGGUGUUGUUCUAACAGCAUGCUGUUGAAUAAACACAACGUGAGCAACACAAACACACACACGCACACACGUUGAAUUUUCUAUCGAAAUCUCCUUUGCUACAUUUUGUAUAUUUGUUUGUUGUUAUUAUCCUUGAUUGCACAGAAAAUACAUAAGAGUAUAAGUAGAGAGAUAAAGCUGAUGAGAUGAGGAAGAGGAGGAGGAUGGAGCGGGAAGAGACGGGGCGCGGGAGCAAAGAAAAAAGACAGAAGAGUAACUGUUUCAUUGUCUCGAUGACCUGUGUGUUAUUAUAACAAUAAUAAUAAUAAUGAUUCUUUUUGUCUUGUUAAGCUGAUAUAGGAGUGGUGUAUAUUACAACACACAAGAUUUCCUUUCUUUUGUAACCCUUCUCUUUUGUUGUUGUUCACUUUCACACGUUAAGCAGCGUCUACUUUUGAUGAUUGUGUUUUGUGGCUUUCUGUAUUUUAUUGUAAACAGACAAACAAACUGACCA